GCCUCCUUAUUUUUUGGAUCUAUAUUACAGGAAUGGAUGCUCAGGUGGCUUACGGCUUUCAUCAUUUACGUAAUGAGAAACCUUACCUGGCACAAGGACCAAUUUCUAAUAAGCUGAUCUAUUCUGGUUAUAGUUGCGGUCAAGGUUGGUUCUUUACACCUUGUACAAGUGAUCCACGAUUAAGGGGACUAACAAAUAUUUUAAGGCUGCAUGUCAAAAAGGUCAAUUGCUCAGAAUGGGAGCAAAUUACUGUUCCAUCAAGUGUAAGAGCUAUUGUUGCUUUAAAUCUUCAUAACUAUGGAAGUGGACGACAUCCCUGGGGUAAUAUGAAGCCAGAUUAUUUGGAAAAGAAAAAGUUUGUUGAGGCCCAUGCUGAUGAUGGUCUUCUAGAAAUUUUUGGCCUUAAGCACGGAUGGCAUGCAUCAUUUGUUAUGGUCGAACUCAUCUCUGCCAAGCACAUUGCUCAGGUACUGCUCUUUAUUUUUGAUCUUAUAUUCAUUCUAUCAUAUGUGUUAUAACUCUGCGUAGAAAGUGCACCUGCACCGUUUUAUUUCAUGCAAUCAAAGUGAGUUCAGUGUUAGAAUCCAAAGACUUGUUGAAUUAUCAUAUAUGUAUAAAAUUUUUGCUGGGUAUUUAGUAGGGGCAUCUAUUUUUCGGAGAUCUUGAUAAAUGUACAAACUUUAUUGAUAUGCUUCUGACCUUUUCAAGCUCUUUUCUUCAAGGAUUUCGUAUAUUCCCCUGUAGUAAGGACAUCGAUUUUUUCACAAUUGCAGCAAUGCAAUUUUUUCUCCUCUUUUUUUUUUUUUUUUUAAAUUCUGGGGAAAACAAAUGACAAACUGAUUAGUAUCCAGAGACCAGGUUAUAACUUAU